AUGUCGGACCCUCGUCCCUACCACAUCCUCAGCUACGGUACCCUGCUGGGUACCCAGUUCUUCCAAUCUUUCGUCGGUGGGAUUGUUGCUUUCCGUGCUCUCCCGCGUCCUCAGUUUGCAACCCUGCAGACUGCCAUCUUCCCUGUGUAUUUCUCUAUGCAGACUGCACUCCCCGUCGUCGUCGCGCUCACUGCUAGCCGCGGUGGACAGACUCUCGGUCUCUCUGGCCUUCUGGCCCCCGAGAACCGCGUCAACACCUUCCUGCCGAUGGCCACUGUUGCCAUCACCGGCCUCGUCAACCUGCUCGUUCUCCGCCCCAUGACCACCGAUGUCAUGAUGAAGCGCAAGGACCAGGAAAUCCUGGACGGCAAGAAGAGCUACGAGCGCGGCCCUCACUCCAAGGAGAUGAUGGCCCUCAACAAGAAGUUCGGCCGCGUCCACGGCAUGUCUAGCCUGGUCAACCUUGCCAGCCUCAUUGCCACCAUCGCCUAUGGCGUUGUGAUGAGCAAGAAGCUCGAGUAA